AUGGAAAACCAGUCCAAACUGGAAGGUUCUGCAUUGACGGAAUUCCUUUUGCUGGGAUUUUCUGAGGUCCAAGAGCAGCAGAUCUUACAUUUUGUGGUGUUCCUUUCCAUUUACUUAGCCACUCUGACUGGGAACUUUCUCAUUAUCCUAACUGUGGCCUCUGAUCCUCAGCUCCACAGUCCCAAGUAUUUCUUCCUGAUCAAUUUGUCACCGUCUGAUAUGUGCUACAUCUCCACCACUGUCCCCAAAUCUAUGGCUGCUUCAUUGACAAGUAACAGACAAAUUUUCUUCACUGAAUGCAUUGCCCAAGUUUUCUUGGUGAUCACGCUUGCAGGUGCUGAGCUCUCUUUUCUCACUGUAAUGGCCUACGACCGCUAUGUGGCAAUCUGCCAUCCUUUGCAAUAUCGGCUGAUCAUGAACUGGAGCACCUGCUUCCAAAUGGCAGCUGCUUCCUGGAUUGGCAGCAUUAUCAAUGCCACAGUGCACACUGUGAGCACAUUCAGGCUGGAAUUUUGCAGCUCAAGUCUCAACCAAUUUUUUUGUGACAUCCCACAAUUGUGGAUGGUUUCCUGUACUGAUACAGCAGUCAAUGAAUUGAUCACUUUGGUGGAAACUUUUUUUGUAUGUUCAUCUUGCCUUCUGUUUAUAUUGGUUUCUUAUGGAUUCAUCUUUUCAGCCGUAUUUAAGAUCCAAUCAGAAAAAGGAAGGCAUAAAGUCUUCUCCACCUGUGCACCUCACUUGACUGUCCUGUCCUUGUUUCUGUCAACUGCUGUGUUUUCUUACUGCAGACCAAAAGCCUUGUCCUCUCCCUCUGUCAAUAUGUUAGCUGCCAUCCUAUAUACGGUCAUGCCACCGCUGCUGAACCCCCUCAUUUAUAGCCUGAGAAACCAAGACAUCUGCAGAAGCAUGUCAAAGAUAUGUAAGAAGCUGUUGGGAUUUCACAAUGCCAUUCCAUGCCCCUUUCUCAAGAAUAUUAAAGUUUCAUUGCAGAGAAAUCAGUUUAUAGAUAUGAAGAAAGGUUGA